AGUUCCAAGUUCCAAGAUCGAAGUUUCAUGACGUCACCAUGGCCUAGUUGAGGUGUUGUGAAAAACUCUCUUAUUUCACUCAAAAUCUCGGUCUGUUUAUGGUCGCGGGACACUCGGACACAUUCAUGAUAAACAGUGACAUUCACCGAGCGUACAGAUAACGCCUGAGAAACCAUAGCAGAGGCUGAAAACUGGUGGAAUUAUGUCCCGUCAUGAAGGUGUGAGCUGUGACGCAUGUUUGGAUGCGAAUUUUCGUGGGCGGCGCUACAAAUGUUUGAUAUGCUACGACUAUGACCUUUGCUCCACUUGUUAUGAAGGUGGAGCCACAACGACCCGGCACACUACAGAUCAUCCCAUGCAGUGUAUUCUCACUCGCCAUGAUUUUGAUGUGUAUUAUGGAGGGGAAGCACUUUCAGCAGACCAGCCUCAAAGUUUAACAUGUCCAUUUUGUGGGAAAAUGGGCUAUACAGAAACCUCUCUCCAGGACCAUGUUACAGCAGACCAUCCGGACACAGCAUAUGAAGUGGUAAGGGAUGCCUUGAAGAUUAUGGGUCUGUUCAUUUCUGUACUGAUUGGUUUCAGUUUUUGUAGUAUUACACAGGGUUUGUUUUAUGACAAUAGCUACCCAGCCAGCAAUGAUCCAUGGAACUGUGAUCUUUAUAGUGGAGGAUCAGGGGCCAGUCUUCUGAUAUGGCUCUACCCUUGCUCAGCCACCAAGAGCCAAUUAGAAUACAUAUUUUGUGAAAUGUUGUUUUUAAGAAAAUCAUUUUGUUCUUGUCUUAAAAGGAGUGUCAGCAGUGGUCUGUUUUCCCCAUCUUCACGCGAGUCGAUGGAUCCCAUUGCUGAGUUACUCUCGCAGCUAUCGGGAGUGCGUCGAGCCACGGCAAGUGACAACUCCUCUUCUGCUGCCUCACAGCUGCAACAGUUGCAGAUUCAGUUAGAACGGCAGCAGGUAGCAGGCCAGCCAACCAGCCAGGUCUUUAGAUCUUUAAACCUCAUUUACCUAAGUGAAAUGGCCCUAGUUGUCAAGGCAGAUAAUUUCUAUAGUCAGAGUUUGCUUAGAAUGAUGCCUCUCUGGUGUAUGUUUGGGACUGAUGUGGCUAGUGCUUGGAUCUCUCAUUCUGUUCGUGGCACUCACAUUCACACUGGCACUCACAUUCACACUGGCACUCCACUUUCCACGGGAAACUCCCCAUUCACAAAUUUGGACUCACUUUUCACGAUGGAAACUCACAUUCACACUGGAAAAAUGCAGAUGCUCAGGGUUUGGUUUUGGAUAAAAACCCCCGUAGAAAGGAGUUUUCCCUGGCCCCAAAUUUUCCCUAUUUGGAAAAAUGCUUUGGGUUUUGACUAUAUGGGCAGAAUUAUCAUUUGUUUCUGUAGGCUUGGAGACAGUGAGAGUGAGACAGAUACUGGCACUGGGAGCAGUGAUAGAGCAGGGUUUGUCCAGGAACUGUUACUGUCCACCCUUUGCGACCUAAGCCUAAGCCACGGAGUCAUGGAGGAAGGAGGGGUCCUGGCAUCUACCCUUGGCAGGACAGGAAGUGAAAUGUCACAUGGGAAGGACUGUAGUAAAGGUGAUAGUGAGAAGACCCCGAAGGGUGUAGCAUCAUCAGACGUGUCGACUCAGACCUCUACUAGCACUCAAGUCCCCUCCAAUACCACAAACACAACCAAUACCCAGACUAACACACAGCUCCCAGCUAUGACCCAGUCCAAGACCACUACUUCAAUGAAGUCUGUCAAGGGGGCCAAGGGUGUUGUUGUAGCUCGAUCUAGUCCGGCAAAUCAGCAGCAGCAGCAUCAACAACAGCAGCAGUCAAAUGGAGGAGGGGUGGUAUCACGGCCAUUAACAGGGACGGGAACGGUGGCCGUUUCUCCAGUGGGGGGCCCCGGGAGGGGUCGAGCGUCGGGGGGCUCAGUGUCCCCGGGCGCAGCCCGCAGGAAGUUAGUACGUGGAGUAGAGGGCCGCGCCACAGAGCCUCCACCACCUCACUAGUACCCGCAGAGUCUAGUCCAGCACCAGAAGGCCUUCCCGAUGCCAACGAACCUUGCCCUUGCCACCCUUGUCCCUGCCACCCUUGUACCUGCCUGUAGCCAGCCAGACCAAAGAGGCAGGCAGGAUUCAGAACUUAUAAUGAAGUUCUGCUAACAGUUUUGGCUUGGGUGUGAAUGUAUCAGUUAAUGGAUGUGGUUGGAAAAAGUUGUGUCUGGGUGUGUGUCUGGUGAUGUAUAGUCAUUUGUGCCACAGUCAGUGAAAGUGAUCAAGACAGCAAGAAGACAGGCUGGCUUGGCAGACUGGCAGAUGAGAAAAAAGGGGGCCCCUGGUGCCAAGAUGAAUUAAUAUGUACAUAUUGCAUGCUGUUUAAGCAUGCCAGGUUGCUGUGUAUAAAAUAUGUUCAGGCCUUCAUAAUACUGCAUAGCUUUACCCUAACCAAUCAUGAAAUCACAAUAUUGGCAUUGUCCUCAGUACUGUUCCUUCCCCAUCCUUGAUAACCAGAAUCACUCAGAACUAGUUCCUUUGUAAUAUAUAUUUCAAAUUGAGUAUUAGGUUUGAUUUCUUUUUUUUUCUUUCUUCUUUUUUUCUUCCAUGUGGUUUUUGCUGACAUAAAUAGAUUUUGAAGAUUUUUGCCCAAAUAGUGUUUGGAAUAUUUACAAAUUGUACUUUUUGUUGCAAAUGAUAUAACAGUAAGUAAUUCUUAUUAUAGAGCUUCACUUUGCUUUGGUAAGAUGAUAAUGGGUCACUCUCUUGCAGCCUAGUGUGAGACGUGUUAUAAAAUAAGUUAUUUGGAAGCCAUACCAUUUUUCCCCAGUGCUCUGAGAGCUGAGAACUUUUAAACUGAACUAGGAUGCAGGCACAUACAGUGCCACUUAGCUUGUUACCCAUCAUUUCUUGCCAUCAGUAGUAGUUGGAAGCCAUGCCAGAAUCCACAUGUAGCAUUUUUUAGGUGAAAUCACAAAUGUUCUGUGACCCCCAGGGAUUUUCAAUUACAAGCAGUUCAUUAGAAAUUGCUUCAAAGUCACAAUGAUACUUAAUCAAUAACAAGUAAUUUGAUCUUAAAGGAAGUGAAAAGUAAUAAAACCUGUAAUAAAAGAGAGCAACAUAGAGAGAGGAUGUUCCUGGGUGCAAGAAAUGUCACUUUUACCGUCUCAUGCUAGGCUGUCUUGUGAUGUUUCAUGGCACACUCAAAUUAUUCAACAGAUGGAUGAUCAUAAAAAACAGGAAACUUUUUUUUUUCUUUCUUUUUUUCUUUCUUUUUUUUUUCUCCAGAUAUACAUCAUAGCACAGAUGAGCUAAUAUGUUUUAACAUUUUUUGGGAAUGUUUAUGAAUAAAAGUUGUAUGUACUUUUAAGCUCAUCUCUCUUUUUUUAUAUAUAUGAAGAGCAGUUGUAUUUUGUGACUAGAUCAGCAAUUUGGGCCAAAUAGGUCAGCCUAAUAUGCAUUUCCCAAUCCGCAAACGCAUGGAAUCCAAGGUUAUUGGAGAAGUACACGAGGCACACAUUAGCGGACAAUAUAUGUGGAAAUGAAGGGUUUACAGUUGAUAUGGAAAAUUAUGGCUUAUAUUCUCUUCAUUGUUAUUGUACAUUGAAAUAAAAAAAGAACAUACACUGUAAAGCAUUACUGAAAAUAGAUGUCUCUGAUUACAAUUUCUCAUUUCUUUCCAUGCUUCCUCUGAUUGACUAUUAGAAAUCCUUAUUAGAUUUAUUAUUACCUACAUCGGUGACAGGAAUCAGAAAUAUAUACUGUUGCAGAUUUUAUGCAGAUUAUUUAUGCUAUUGUUGUAGAUAUAUAAGUAUUUAUGUUUUUAUUGCUAUCAGUUUGAUCGUUGGUAUCAUAAUGUGCCCUUGGGUAUGAUUAUGAUGUUAAAGUCUGUUAAUGUGUUGGUAACAGUGGUAAUAAUCAUUAGUAGAGAGAGAUAAAGAACUGGUUGCUGAUUUGAAUGCCAUAUUCCUUGACGCUCAUGGAAUAUAAAUAAAUCGUAAAUACUUUUGUUUAUGGGAACGUGAUUUAGUAAAGAAUGCAUUUAUUUAAUAGAGCUUAGCAAACUAUGGAAUGUUUCACCCUUUAUGAUGUGUUGGAAGUCUCAGUUGUAGGACUGGAGGAUUUUUUCUGGUUUAUCAAUAAAUGAGAAUGAGUGGCAAGGUUAAAUCAUUACGUUACAUACUGGCAGACAAUUAUUUUAGUAAAUCCAUAUUGUUUUGCUUUUCUGAAGUUGAGAUAGUAUGUUUGUAUUUAAAAUUGUUUUGAUGCACAAACAAUACAGUAGCUACUACAUAAUAUGGAAGUUAUGUAAUAGUUUCACAUGCAGUAGUAGAACGUUUUCUUCUUUAUCUAUUUUGUUUCUCAAAUACGUGAAUCUAAGGAGCAAUUAAAUAGUUAAGUGGUUCAAUUUAAGCUUACCAGUUAAUUUCAGUCCCCAAAUCACUGUCAUCAUUUUCUACCAACUGAUGACUCUUCGUGUAACACAUGAUUUCAGUUGGCCUUGCAUCAAUGGUAUUCCGUUAUUUAACCCCAUACCUUAACUGUUUGCAGAGGGAACAGCUUGCCAAUGUGUUGACUAGAUGAAAAAAGUAGUAUUUCUAUGGAUGGUGAUUUCCAAAUGGUGCCUGUGUAAAGAAAACAGAUGUUUGGCUGUGUGUAUCUGUAUAUGCGUGUGUAUCCAUACAUGAAAUGCACAUCCAUUUGCAUAAAUAUGUAUAUAUUUAUAAUUCUAGUAUACAAAGGUUUGUUUAUACACAUCUUGCCAUUUAAAUAGGGUCAUAGAAAGUUCUUUAUGUAGCAUUUGAUAGUGCUUGGACCUCUCAUAUUAUUUGCAUGUUUCCUAGACUCCCACUUCAUAUUCACUUUCAGAUAUUGCUGUGCACUUUAACAUACUUGCAACAACUUUACACAUAGAGGCAGUUGUGUUAAUGUUUUUCAGUAUUCUACCUAAAAAGCAGUUGUCAGGUUAGUUUCUUUACUUUUUUCCCCAGAAAUGAUGCCUUGUAUGUGAAUCCAUCUCGUAUAACCCAUAAGCUUGUUUUCACUUGGUGGACACUCGUUACUUUUUCUUAAACGGGUGCUAGAAGCCAGAACUGUAUUGUUAAUGCUGAAUAGCAAUGGGAUAUUAAAGCUGUAUUAAUUUA